CCUAGGAAGUAGGAAGUGAAGCUGAGCUGGCUGUAGAGUUUGGAGGUGGAACUUUCUGCCCUGCCCAUGACAAGGGAGGUCAUUUGGAGAAGGUGGACUCACAUGGUAGAAUCCUGGUAUUUACAGGUCCUGCUUGGCACCUGAAGUUGAGCUAAGCAAGUUGAUGGGAUAGAUGGUAUGAGAAGAUUAGGCAGAAGAUGGCAGUGGAAGAGUAUGGAAGUAGUUGUGGUUGCAGUUUGAGCCACAGAGGAUCUGGUAAGGAUGAAGAAAUGGGCUAGCUUAGACUCAAGGGAGUCUGAGGGCCCACCCCAAGAGGACUCCUACCAAGAACCCCCAAAUGGAGACCCCAACUGCAAACCACCUCCAGCCAAGCCCCACAUCUCCACAGUCAAGAGCCAUACCCGUCUUUUCGGGAAGGGUGAGUUGGGGGAGGCAUUGCCUAUGGAUUGCUCUUACAAGGAAGGCAAGCUGGACUCUUGCCCAACCAUCACAGUCAGCUCUGCUGCCACCAUCCUCAGGCCUGGUGAUGGUCCUGCCUGCGUCAGGCAAUCAUUCCAGGACCCAGUCCCCACUGGUGUGGAGAAGCCCCUUAAGCUCUAUGACCGCAGGAGCAUCUUCGACGCUGUGGCUCAGAGUAACUGCCAGGAGUUGGAGAGCCUGCUGCCCUUCCUGCAGAAGAGCAAGAAGCGCCUCACUGACAACGAGUUCAAAGACCCUGAGACAGGGAAGACCUGUUUACUGAAAGCCAUGCUCAACUUACACAAUGGGCAGAAUGACACCAUCUCUUUGCUCCUGGACAUUGCCCAGCAGACAGACAGCCUUGAUGAGUUUGUCAAUGCCAGCUACACAGACAGCUACUAUAAGGGCCAGACUGCACUGCACAUCGCCAUCGAGAGACGGAACAUGGCACUGGUGACCCUCCUGGUGGAGAAUGGAGCAGAUGUCCAGGCAGCCGCCAAUGGGGACUUCUUUAAGAAGACCAAAGGACGACCUGGCUUCUACUUUGGUGAGCUUCCCCUCUCCCUGGCUGCAUGUACCAACCAGCUGGCCAUCGUGAAGUUUCUGCUGCAGAACUCCUGGCAGCCGGCAGACAUCAGUGCCAGGGACUCAGUUGGCAACACAGUUCUGCAUGCCCUGGUGGAGGUGGCUGACAACACAGCUGACAACACCAAGUUUGUGACGAGCAUGUACAAUGAGAUUCUGAUUCUGGGGGCCAAGCUCCACCCCACACUGAAGUUGGAAGAGCUCACAAACAAGAAGGGGCUCACACCACUGGCUCUGGCUGCUAGCAGUGGGAAGAUUGGGGUCUUGGCCUAUAUUCUCCAAAGAGAGAUCCAUGAACCUGAGUGCCGGCACCUGUCCAGGAAGUUUACUGAGUGGGCCUACGGGCCUGUGCAUUCCUCACUCUAUGACCUGUCCUGCAUUGACACCUGUGAGAAGAACUCAGUGCUGGAGGUGAUUGCCUACAGCAGCAGUGAGACCCCUAAUCGCCAUGACAUGCUCCUGGUGGAGCCCCUGAACCGACUCUUGCAGGACAAAUGGGAUAGAUUUGUCAAGCGUAUCUUCUAUUUCAACUUCUUCAUCUACUGUCUGUAUAUGAUCGUCUUUACCACGGCUGCCUACUACAGGCCUGUUCAUGGCUUGCCUCCUUAUGAAAUGAAAAACACCGUUGGAGACUAUUUCCGAGUCACUGGAGAGAUUCUGUCUGUAUCCGGGGGAGUCUACUUCUUUUUCCGAGGUAUUCAGUAUUUCCUGCAGAGACGACCAUCUAUCAAGACCUUGUUUGUGGACAGCUACAGCGAGAUGCUUUUCUUUGUGCAAUCCCUCUUCAUGCUGGCAUCUGUGGUGCUGUACUUCUGCCACCGCAAGGAGUAUGUGGCCUCCAUGGUGUUCUCCCUGGCCUUGGGCUGGACCAACAUGCUCUACUACACACGAGGCUUCCAGCAGAUGGGCAUCUAUGCUGUCAUGAUUGAGAAGAUGAUCCUGAGAGACCUGUGUCGCUUCAUGUUUGUCUACCUUGUCUUCUUGUUUGGAUUUUCCACAGCGGUGGUGACACUGAUUGAGGAUGGGAAGAAUGACUCUGUGCUGGCUGAAUCCAUGUUGCAAAACAGGCGGGGCCCAGGCUGUAAGGUACAACCACCUGACAACUACAACAGCCUGUACUUCACGUGUCUGGAGCUGUUCAAGUUCACCAUUGGCAUGGGUGACCUGGAGUUCACGGAAAACUAUGACUUCAAGGCUGUUUUCAUCAUCCUGUUACUAGCAUAUGUGAUUCUCACCUACAUCCUCCUGCUCAACAUGCUCAUUGCCCUCAUGGGCGAGACGGUCAACAAGAUCGCACAGGAGAGCAAGAACAUCUGGAAGCUGCAGAGAGCUAUCACGAUCCUGGACACAGAAAAGAGCUUUCUGAAGUGCAUGAGGAAGGCCUUCCGCUCUGGCAAGCUGCUGCAGGUGGGGUUUACUCCAGAUGGCAAGGACGACUACAGAUGGUGUUUCAGGGUGGAUGAGGUGAACUGGACCACCUGGAACACCAACGUGGGCAUCAUCAACGAGGAUCCGGGCAACUGUGAGGGCGUCAAACGCACCCUGAGCUUCUCCUUGAGGUCAGGCAGAGUUUCAGGGAGAAACUGGAAGAACUUUGCCCUGGUCCCUCUUUUGAGAGAUGCAAAUACUCGGGAGAGACACCUUUCCCAGCCUGAAGAAGUGCACCUGAAGCAUUUUACAGAGUCCCUGAAACCAGAGGACGCUGAGGUCUCCAAGGAUCCCGUGGCUCCAGGGGAGAAGUGAGGGAUGCCAUGC